GACCCGGAAGUAGUUACGGAGUUCGGCCGGGACGCCGCGGUCUGAGGUGUAUUUUUCACCUGUUUUCUGCACUCGCUGACCCUGCCGUCGCCAUGGGGAAGCGACAGCACCAGAAGGACAAGAUGUACAUCACCUGUGCUGAAUACACUCACUUCUAUGGUGGCAAGAAACCAGAUGUUCCACAAACAAAUUUUCGUCGUCUGCCUUUUGACCACUGCAGUCUCUCUCUGCAGCCCUUCGCCUAUCCGGUGUGCACCCCCGAGGGCGUCGUCUUUGACUUGCUGAACAUCGUUCCUUGGCUUAAGAAGUACGGGACCAACCCCAGCAAUGGAGAGAAGCUGGACGGGAGGUCCCUGAUCAGGUUGAACUUCGCAAAGAACAGUGAAGGUGAGUGGCCCUUUCCAGAUGGCUCGAGGAGGGCCCGAGGGGCCCGCUGUCCCGCCUCUCACCAAGUUCUUGUGCCCUGGUGGAGGGUGGGGUCAGAGCUUGCUGGCGGGUGGGUUCCAGGGGAAUGCGUGGAGGCCGGCCAGCCCCCAGCAGGUGCAGACGGCAGUGAGGAGCCAGCCGGCCUCAGUGGCCUGGACAGUCUCUGGGUGCCGGGGAGCUCCCUGCUCCAAGAGUGGCUCCUUCGCAAGCUUUCACUGAGUGCCCGCCUGCCGCAUGCAGAUAGGACGGGCCAGGCCUCUCCUGAGGCGGUGGAGCAGCUGAAUAUCAAGGCCAAGAACUUCCGAGACCUGCUGACCGACGAGCCCUUCUGCCGACAGGACAUCAUCACCCUGCAGGAUCCCACCAACUUGGACAAGUUCAACGUCUCCAACUUCUUCCACGUUAAGAAUAACAUGAAGAUAGUCGACCCAGAUGAAGAGAAGGCCAAGCAGGACCCGUCGUACUAUUUGAAAAACACAAACACGGAGACGCGGGAGACGCUGCAGGAGCUCUACAAGGAGUUCAAAGGGGACGAGGUGCUGGCGGCCACUAUGAGGGUCCCCGAGAAGGCGAAGGUGGACAAGCUGAACGCUGCCCACUACUCCACUGGGAGGGUCAGUGCCUCCUUCACGUCCACCGCCAUGGUUCCCGAGACCACGCAUGAAGCAGCGGCCAUCGACGAGGACGAGCUGCGCUACCAGUUCGUGAAGAAGAAGGGCUAUGUGCGUCUGCACACCAGCCUGGGCGACCUCAACCUGGAGCUGCACUGUGACCUGACCCCAAAAACCUGCGAGAACUUCAUCAAGCUCUGCAAGAAGCAGUAUUACGAUGGCACCGUUUUCCACCGGUCCAUCCGCAACUUUGUGAUCCAGGGAGGCGACCCGACGGGCACCGGCACAGGUGGGGAGUCGUGCUGGGGGAAGCCCUUCAGAGAUGAGUUCCGGCCCAACCUCUCGCACACGGGCCGUGGUGUGCUCAGCAUGGCCAACUCAGGGCCCAACACCAACAAGUCUCAGUUCUUCAUCACUUUCCGCUCCUGCGCUUACUUGGACAAGAAGCACACCAUCUUUGGGCGGGUUGUUGGGGGCUUUGACACGCUGACGGCCAUGGAGAACGUGGAGAGUGACCCCAAAACUGACCGCCCUAAGGAGGAGAUCCGCAUUGACUCCACCGUCGUGUUCGUGGACCCCUAUGAAGAGGCCGACGCUCAGAUCGCCGAGGAGCGCAGGAAGACACAGCUGGAGGCGGCGGCCCCCGAGAGCACGGCCAAGAGCAGCCAGUCCCCCCAGGGGAGCCAGGGCCCCCAGGCAUACCGCCAGGGCGUGGGCAAGUACAUCAGCCCGGCAGUCACGAAGCGGGUGGCAGAGGAGGAGCCGUCCAGCAGUGCAGCCGUGCCCGUGGCCAAGAAGAAGCCUAGCCGUGGCUUCGGGGACUUCAGCUCGUGGUAGCAGCCGGCCGCUGCGCUGGAGCCAGUAGGGACUCGGGGCUGGGUGCGCAGAGUCGACCGUCCACCCUUCAAUAAAGCUCCGGCUGCUGCCCGA